CUCAAAUUGUGGAUUACUCAAGUUACACUGACAUUAAUUAAAUAUUUACAAAUUUCGUCAGAUACUUUUGAGGAUAAAUAAAAAUCGGAUGAUGGAAAAUUUAUUUUCAGGGAUGAUGCAGCCAGAGCCAAGCAACGACGUAUCGACCAUUUACGUGGCGAAGUACAAUCGUUUCGUGGACAAUAUCUUGGGCAGAAUUAAUAAGAUCUUACGCAGCAAUUACGAUCCAGUGACGGUGAAGUUGAGCAACGCAAAUUCCAGGUUGAAGUCUAAUAAACAGAAGAGCAAGAACAAGACGAAGAAGAACAGCAGCAAGACUGCGACGAAGAAGAGCCAUUUCGGAAUAGUUUCGGUGACUACGGAGAAAAUUAUCCAAGAAGUUGUUUCUGAAAACACACAGAAAACGUUGGAAUCUGCUGAAAAUAUGACUGUGGCUGUUACGAAUGCCGAGAAGGAAGCAGCUCCAACUACUAUUGUCUCUGAAAUUGCAAGUAGAUCAAAUGUGGAAACAAAUACGAGAUCUACAAACAAGCGAGUAUCUAACUCAAAUAGCAAGAAAACAAAUAAAACUCGUGGUGGGACGAAGAAUAAAACGAAACAGACUAGCAGUAAUAAGAAUAAGACAAAGAAGAGCAAACCAAAGGCAAGAGCCACACUCUACGGACUGGCGAGUCUUCAAAGAUCAGGAGACGUAUCGGUGAACAUGAUGAGCGAUCACACCAUGAUCAAAACGAGAUUUACUCUCGGCCCUCUGAUACUGAAAGUCGAGAAAGAAUUUGGUAGGGCUGCGAAAAAGGAAUUGAGAAGCGCGACUGCUACUACUGCAGAAAUGUCGGGGAAGCUGAGUCUUCGAGUUCUUCAUGGUGGUGCAGCUACCCUAAAUUCCAUUCGCGUUUUGCAACCUAAACAGGUGCGUGUGGAGAGCGCUGACGAUCACGACAGAACGCGCGAAUUCGUCUGGAAGAGAUCAUCGCACAUCGCCCAUUUAGUCUCGGAGAAAUUAUCGUCGGCCACAAGGUCGAUGCUUCGACCUCCACCUGUUGCAGUCGUCGCUGCUUAA